AUGUUCCAUAGCCACUGCCACUCACUCAAGAGCUUCUACGAUGCCCCACCACUCUCUGCCAUCAUACAUGACUCUAAUUCUAUAAACUUUGAAGAUGGAUUUUGUUUGCCCAGCAGCUGCCAUAGCAGAACCUGGCUUCUGGACAACUUUCAAGAUAUCUGCAGUGAAACUACCAGCUGCCAACUGACUGACUGUGAACAAGACUUGGUCACAAAGGAUACCUGUGUACAAAGAACCCGCCUCCCCAAAAUUGUCCAAACAACUUAUUCCAAUUCCAGGUCCUGUGAAAGAACAACAUGCCAAUCAGAAAGAUCCUCAGCAAUGUUGAAGCAUGUUUCUCAGCCUUGCCAGUCAGGACGCAGUCAGCAAGUGGGUUCUCUUGUCCGGAGCCACCAACCUGCGAGCUACAUGGCAAAGUGUUCUCCACCCAAGACUCCUGUAUCUAAGAGUUGCCAAACCCUGGGAUGUGAAUCUAGCCAAUGCCAGUCUCAGAGCCCUGAAUACAACUCCUGUAGACUUUUGGUCAAUGUUGUACCUGAGCCACAACUCCUGGAAUCUUCUAGCAUUUAUGAACCGACUUGCUGUGUUACUGGUGGUUUGCAAUUGCCUAGUAAGUAA